AUGGCUUUCUUCACCGCCAUACCUCAGCAGACGUCCCAGACGGCGCUGGGCUUCACCGGCCCCAUCACCAGCUGCUUGGCAAGCCAUUAUGUUGCCGCCACAGUUUUGGACUCGCCACAAUUCCAGGCGGACUCAUUCGGCCCAGUGGUGGCCCACAUGGGGGGCAUCUGGAGCCCAGGCUGCAGCACAAACAAGUCUCGCCCCCACACUGCCAUAGCUGACCUCUCAGCCCAGCUGGAGGAGCCAGCGCCCACAGCUGACAUCCAGCCGCCAGCUGUGGAGGCAGAUGAUGGCACCGAAGAGGAAUACACCCCCCUGGACCAUCCCUGGUACGCAGACAGGCUUGCACAAUACAAGCUGUACCCGGAGCACUGCGCGGUGGAUGCCGCCAGCAAGGGGACAUCAAUUGAUGGCCAGCUCGACAUCGCUGAGCAGUACCGGCGCAUUCACCUCAAGGUUGGGAAGACUGGGUACUCCUUUGCGGACACCUACGUGCCGCCACCAGAGCUUCCUCAUGCCGCGGAGCACUUCAGCAUGUUCAAGAAGCACUGCGCAUUGGGCUCCACCUUGGAAUCUUUGGACGAUCAGCUACGUAGCGCUGAGAAGUUCCGGCGCGCCCAUCAGAACGUGGGCAAGACAGGAUCUUCAUUUGCAAACACCGGUCUGCAGCGGUGCCUGCAGCCGCCUCAAUCCAGUGCCAGCACGAGCAGCUGCGCGCCCACCAGCAACAGCCCCUCAGAGGAGUCAUGCCCGGCUGCACGCGCCUUGGAUUUGCUGGACUCCCUCUGGACGCAGUCACUGCCCGGCCAACAGGUACCUGCAGCUGCCAGCCGCUGCCGCGAGCCCAGCAGCUAUGUUGAACUGCCCAUCAGGCGGCCAACCCGCCGAUGGAGCCUUUGCAGCCUCUUCUCCUUCUCCCGCAAGCAGGAGCCCCUGGAAGUGGGCAUGAUGCAUCUGGCGGUGUCCAGGAGUCGUCAGUGA